AAGUUACCGAAUUUCGUGGCAAUUACCGGAACAACCUCCCUGGGAAUCGCGUUUUUUGGGAAGUCAGAAGAGAAGAAAUCGGCUGAAAAUGUGGAAAAUGCUGGAAUUUCUGAAAAUCUGGCUACUGGAAAACCCAAAAAUUUCGACUUGAUUGUGUCGAAUGCCGAUGAGCUGUACGACAAUUAUCUCAUCGAUAAUUGCUAUAAUAUUCUGAAGAAAUUCGAAAAUUCCCAGUGCUCUGAGCUGCUCUGGCGCCUGGCUCGAGUGGUUUGUGAGAAGGGAAAACUGUGUAAGGAUCAAAAAGAGAGACAAAAAUUGAUUUUGGAGGCGUAUGAGAUUGUGAAGAAGGCGUUGGAGAAUGAGGACAGGGAGGGCUCGUUUGGAGCACAUAAAUGGUACGCCAUCCUCCUGGACUACGUUGGCGAGAUCGAGGGCAACAAAUCCCGAAUCGAGAAGUCGUUCGUAAAAGAGCAUCUGGAGAAGGCUCUUUCAAUCUUUGAGCAUGACCCAACCACGUGGCACAUUCUAGGCCUCUGGCACUACUCUUUUGCCAAUAUGGGAUAUGCUACUCGCAUGGUAGCCAAGGCCAUCUUCGCAACACCUCCUGCGUCCACCUAUCAGGAAGCUCUUCACUACUUUUUGAAAGCUGAAGAGAUCUCGCCUGGCUUCUACAGUACCAACACCUACUACAUUGGCGAGGUCUACGAACAGGGACAGAAGCAAGAAGCUAUCGACGCCUUCAAGCAAUCCUUCAGAAUGCCCGUCGUGACUUCAGACGACGCUGUGAUUCAUAAGAAGGCGUACGAGAAGUUGAAGAAGUACGGUGUCAAGGAUGCGGAAGUAGUUUAG